AUGGACCAAACUUUGUUCACGCCACAGCUGAAGUUGACGCUCAUUACAACGGCAGAAAGAGGGAGCCAAGAACUUGAAUGGCUACAUGAGUUGCGCAGCGAUGAAAAAGCUACAUGGUGGAGUAUCUAUGGCCGGUCAAAGACAAUCGAAGACACCGAGAAGACCAUGAAAGGAGCACUGCCAACCACAACCAACGACGGCGAAGAGAAAUCCUACCGGGCCGUCUACGCCGUCCAUGAACUACUCGCUCCAAACAGCAACCCAGCCAGUCAAGAAGACAUCCCCACACGAAUGAUCGGACUCAUCACUCUCCGCUCCAUCGACAAGGGCAGUCUCCCUUUACCACCUCAUAUAUUCCCUGACUCAGUCCACUCCCCUGAUUGUCUAGCCGUCGAGCUUGGAUACCAAUUCCUGCCAGCCGCAUGGGGCAAAGGAUUCGCAACACAAUCCGUAACAAAAGUCCUCGACGCUUGCCAACGCGAGCAAAAGUUCUGGGACAACUACCAAAAGGUGUUUGUUCGGGCGAUUGUGAAUGGCGAGAAUCCGGCUAGUAGACGCGUUAUGGUCAAGUGCGGUAUGAAGGAGCUGGCGGUGCAUGUUUGGGACGGUGAUGGCAUAUGGCUUGCGGGCAAGUGGAGGACUACUGAUGACCUUCAUAUUUUUGGGAAGUUUGUGAGGGAGUGA